AUGGAUUCAGAUAGUGAGAAUGAUGCCAGAGCUGUUGACUUUCUCCAGUCAUCAGAUGAUGACGAACAACCACAACAUUAUAUCCAAUUAUUGAUGUCGAUUGGAAAGAGACGAAUUAGGCAACUUCGUCGUAAUUCUGCGUUAACAGGACCAGAAUAUGUUUUAGAACAAUUACAUGGAUAUCCCAAAAAUUUGUUUGAAAUGUGUCGUAUGCAUCAAGACACGUUCGAAGCAAUUGUUCAGUUAAUUCGAGGCUGCAACCUACUGCCUUCUUCUAGUAUUUCAGCAGAAGAUUCUCUAAUGAUGUUCUUAAGAACGGUUGCUCACUCAGAUCGCAAUAGAGAGAUACAAGAUAGAUUUUGUCAUUCUGGAGAGACAGUACACCGACAUUUUGAUAAUAUGCUUACCGCAUUGUCUGCAUUAGCACCUCAAGUUAUAAAACUACCAAAUAUGAACAUUGUCCCCCCAGAGAUUCAACACAACCCUAAGUACUGGCCAUGGUUUAAGGAUUGUAUUGGUGCAAUAGACGGUACACACAUGAUGGUUGUCCCACCUGCACAUCAACAGACAGUCUACAGAGGAAGAAGACAUUCGUGUACUCAAAAUGUAAUGGCGGCAUGUAGUUUUGAUAUGCUAUUCACUUAUGUCAAUAUCGGAUGGGAAGGAUCAACUGCUGAUUCCAGAGUGUUAACUAAGAUUAUAAGAAAUCCAGAUGACCCAUUCGUGGCGCCACUCCCCCCAAAAUAUUACGUUGUGGAUUCCGGUUACAACAACACGCAAGGCUUUUUGGCACCAUUCGUGGUCAGAGAGAGGUGCUUUGGGGUCUUGAAAGCAAGGUUUAAAAUUCUUAGACAUAUGACCAAUUAUUGGAUGCCAAGACAAAAUGUUAUACCAAUUGCUUGUUGUGUGGUCCACAAUUUAAUUAAGAUGCACGCGCGAGAUGAUCCUCUAUUUAGACAAUAUGAGGUCGAUUUGCCCGUAGAAGAUAUUGAGGGAGAACAAGAAGGGCAACAGGAACAACAACAUGGUAUGGAUGCACAAGAAGCAGAAACAUUUGAAAUGAGUGGUCGGCAACAACGUAAUUACAUGGUUAAUUUAAGGGAUCAUCUAGCUAAUCAAAUGUGGGAUUUGUAUAAGUGA